AUGAGAGAGGGGUCACAGUUCCAAGGUCCUGUGCCUGCCCCAUUGGACUGGACUAUAGUUCGUGGCCCCGAAGGCAGAUUUGCCCGUGGCGGCCCUAGUUCUUCCGCCGCAUCUGAGCGUGCAGGAGGAAGUUUUCUGUGUCAUAGGUCGCAUGCCUUGGAUACCCAGACCACAGCGUACUACAUGGCUGUCAUCGGCUCUACCUUGUUGGCGGAUAAGACCAGGACUGGCAUGCGACCUCACCCGAUAGUUGUCGUCAACGACGAUGAACAGGACGUGGCUUGGGGUGCGGUGACUUUGGCGUUCUUGUACAGGCAGCUCGGAAUGGCAUCUAGGGCUGGUUGCAAGACCAUUGCUGGAUGCCUCACAUUGCUCCAGACAUGGAUCUAUGAGUACUUCCCCGCUUUCCGCCCUCAUCCUCGCCGAGAUGAUGUGCCAAACACGACUAGGGCGGAGAUGUGGACGCCGAAGAAAGUAGGUCGUGAGCUGGACAGGUUGAUAUCAUUCCGCAAGGUUCUGGACUCAAUGACAGAGACUCAGGUUGAAUGGACUCCCUACAAUUGUGGAGCUGCUGCGUUGCUGCAUGAGCACCCACGCACCACAGUCAUCGGGGGUAUCACCUGCUUUGAUGUUGUGGAGGUGUAUUUGCCGGAGCGGGCAUUGCGACAGAUUGGGUUCGUGCAGUCUAUUCCUCCAGCUCCUAUGAGACCAGCCAAGGCUCUUCGACCGGCACACGGAACCUACUCCGUGACCUUUCCUUCUUCUGCUGCUGCAUUUGUGGAGGCGUGGAGUAGGUUCCCCUACAGUGGCCGCCUUGUUGAGCAGGGACUUCGACGGGCUACUGUUCCUUCAGAGACUGAACCUAAUUACGUUGAAUGGUUCAGAGUUUGCUCGCACCCGUACAUAUCCCGAGACGAAUUGCUGGCUUCCGGUCCUGGUCCUGGUCAGAGCAGAUCUGAUUACUUCGCGAAAGAAUGGGCCAGUCGAUUCUCUCCAGUGGCAAGACUACCUACGCGGCUUGCGGAUUUGAACUCCCGUUAA